UCAGCAGUCACCAGUUCAGCCUCAACCUUGGUGACAGCUCCGCCCUGCUGGCUCAAAGGCAGUCAAGAGACAUUGAAAUGCUGAACAUUGUGGAACGCGAUAUCGGUCUAGAUCUAUUAGUUUAAUUACAUAUAUCAGUUUAAUAUGGUCACUGUUUGAAAAAACAAAAACGAGAAAAGGAAGAUGGCACAGAAAGACACGCUGCUGCAUCUCUUUGCUGGGGGAUGUAGUGGUACAGUGGGCGCCAUUGUGACCUGCCCUCUAGAGGUGUUAAAGACACGUCUGCAGUCGUCUGGUCUUACCCUGCGGCCCGUUUUCCAGGUCCAGCUCGGCACCCUCAGUGGAACCGGUGUUAUCCGACCAGGGACUGUUACGCCUGGGCUGGUGCAAGUCUUACGAUCAAUCCUAGAGAAAGAGGGACCGAGAUCCCUUUUCCGGGGUCUGGGGCCAAAUCUUGUUGGCGUGGCUCCCUCAAGAGCUAUUUACUUUGCUGCGUAUUCCAAAUCCAAAGAGCUCUUCAAUGGGCUGUUGGUUCCCAAUAGUGGCUCUGUGCACAUGUCCUCUGCAGGGGUUGCAGCUUUUGUGACAAACUCUCUGAUGAACCCUAUCUGGAUGGUGAAGACCAGGAUGCAGCUGGAGAGAAAAGCCAGAGGAGAAAAGAAGAUGAAUGCCUUGCAGUGCGCCCGCCAUGUUUACAAAACAGAGGGUGUCCGGGGCUUCUACCGUGGCCUCACUGCAUCUUAUGCUGGCAUCUCUGAGACAAUGAUCUGCUUUCUCAUCUAUGAGUCGCUCAAGAAACGCCUGGCUGAAUACCAACUGGCUUCCCCAAACAGUGAAAAGGAGAAAGGAGCGUCUGACUUUCUAAGCUUGAUGAUGGCUGCUGCCUUCUCAAAGGGCUGUGCAUCCUGUAUAGCGUACCCACAUGAGGUCAUUCGGACAAGACUGCGUGAGGAAGGCAGCAAGUACAAGCGUUUCUUCCAGACUGGGAGGUUAAUAGCUUUGGAGGAGGGCUAUGCAGCUUUUUAUAGAGGACUCAUUCCACAGCUAAUUAAACAAAUCCCCAACACAGCCAUCGUCCUUUCCACAUAUGAACUCAUUGUGCAUCUACUGGGAGACUCCAAGUAAAAGGGCUGGUAGUUAAUUUGGGGCUUUUCCCGGCGAGCGCCACAACGUCACUGGACAUAAAAAAAAGAAACCAUUUGAAAAUGCAUCACAAUUAUUUUGUUUAGCGUGGUGCCAGAGAGAGACUUCUAUAUUGGAACUGAAGCCACUUAUCCAAAGAGCUACAAAGAUCUUAUUUUACAGAAUGCUUGUUAAGACUUUAUCGAAAUAGAACAAGAAACUUUGCUAACCUGUGAAAAAAAUGGUCAUCUUCUCAGAGGACUUGUGUUAAGUUAACUCAAUUGUUUUAUGUUUAAUUUAGUGUCAUUUUCAUUUUAUUAUCAGUGCUAACCGUACCAUCUUACAUGAGAAAGGGGAUGUUGACUCGUGUAGUUAUCCUUAUGAAGGGAAAGGAUUGAGUUCAAGUGCUAGUCAUAGCGCUGUUUCUGACUUUUUAAUGACGACACUGCCCUUUUUGGGGAACUUGUGUUUAAUUUUCACAUAUCCAUUAUGCUUGUUUUGAAGUUAGAAUAACUGAGAACUGUAUAAUAUUUUUCUUUAAUAUAUAAGCAUACAUGCUUACCUCUAAGGUUUUUUGUGAAAAAGAAUGAUGUCAUAUUUUAUUUUAUAAUAUGAGAAGUUUGAUGCUUAUUUGACCAGUGGAUCAAUAAAAUGCGUCAAGACAUUCGGUGAGUAAAUGACAGUGUUUCGUCUUCUAACACAAAUCUGCCUGUUCUAAAGUAGAUAGUAGUAGAAGAUAAUGCUCUGUAGGAAAUGUCUAAACUGUGGAUCGGAACAGUGAAUGUUUGUGAUGACUGGGCAUAUGUCCAGUGUUAUACAGGUUUGUGUUUGUUGUGUUUAUUGCUAUAAACAUCACAGCAUGUUUGGAAAUUGGAUCCCUGUCAGCAGUUGUGUGGGGAAUGAUAAUACAGAAUUUGCUAUGCUCACGAUGAUUCAGAAAUGAAGGUAUGAUGAGUUAGGUCAUGGAAAAAUGAAAGGAAGAAUUUACUGGAAAGCCUUGUUGCAAAUGAGAAGAGUAAACACUGGAAUAAAAAGGAAACUCAUAGGUGCACUAUGAGAUGAACUGACAACUCAUUAACCUGACAAAUGUAUGUUUUGCGUGAGUCAUUAAAUGGGAAGACUUUGA